CUGGGAUUCGGGGAUUGCGUCGUGACGUCAGCACGUCCCGAGCUCUCGCGAGCGCAGGAAACUGGAGCAGCGACAAACUCUCGCUGUAAAUUUCGUUUUAACUCUUCUUUUCUGCAUUAGUUGUUGUUUUUCGACCUCAGCCCGGCCGACGAAAGACUUUUCUCGCGGAUAGUGUCGUUUGAAGCGCGCUCUGCGCCGUUAAAGGGGUCGGGUUGUACUUGUGUCCCGGUGUUUUCCUCACGGAUCAGACGCUGACGCGUCACAGUAAUUCACGCUCAUUACCGCCUUGCGUUCCUUUAUACUUCACUAGUACAGCACGUCAUCAAGCGUCGGCUUUAAGUGUUUAUUUUAAAGACUAACUGGUUUUAUUCCUGCGCUUGCUUGAGGAUAGAUUCUUCUUACUGUAGCUGCUAAUGCUAGCUAGCGCAGGCCGCUGUUGGAGAGUGUGAGUAGCUGGGUAUUGAUCUGGAGUGUGAGUAUCAGAGGGUAUGAGUGGCAGUGAGCGUCUGACGGAGGUCUGUGAUCGAUCAGUGAUGUCUUCUCCAGCAUUAAACACUCAGAUCUCUAGUAGCGUUAAUGAGGGAUGUUCUCAUUCAUCAUAAAGGCCUGGCUUGUUUUCUUUAUUUUUUUCGCUUAUUCUUCGUCAGAUAAUAAAAAAAAAAAGUGAUUCGUUAGGUUUUAUGGCUUGACGAAUAAUUUGCGUCAUUGUUGAUAUUUUAAAUGUGUGAGCUGUGAUUGAGCUGGAUACAGUAGAGAAGAGGAGACCUAUACCCUGCUCAGAAUCAAGAUGAUGUGCGAGGUGAUGCCCACCAUCAGCGAGGCGGAGGUCGGCAGUAACGGAGGCGGUCGGGGCCCCGGCUCUCCCGUGCAGACGGACUCUGAGGGCCACUUUGAGUCUCUGAUGGUGUCUAUGCUGGAGGAGAGAGACCGACUGCUGGACACGCUCCGAGAGACGCAGGAGAACCUGUGUGUGACGCAGAGCAAACUGCACGAGAUCAGCCACGAGAGAGACUCGCUGCAGAGACAGCUCAACAGCGCCCUGCCGCAGGAAUUUGCUGCUCUCACAAAAGAAGUGAAUAUGUGUCGAGAGCAGCUGCUGGAGCGAGAGGAGGAGAUCGCCGAGCUGAAAGCAGAGAGAAACAACACACGCUUGUUGCUGGAGCAUCUGGAGUGUCUGGUGUCACGUCACGAGCGUUCUCUGAGAAUGACCGUAGUCAAGCGUCAGGCUCAGUCUCCCGCCGGCGUCUCCAGUGAGGUGGAGGUGCUCAAGGCGCUCAAAUCUCUCUUCGAGCACCACAAAGCCCUGGAUGAGAAGGUGAGAGAGCGUCUGCGUGUGGCACUGGAGAGAUGCAGCAUGCUGGAGGAGCAGCUCACAGCCGCUCAUAAAGAGCUGGUGUUUCUGAAGGAGCAGGGCUAUCAGAAGAGGGUGAUGAUUGAUGGGGCAGCAGAAGUGAAUCACAGCUUUGAUGCAGCACCAAACACGAAUGGCAAGCGCUUGUCAGACGUCUCUAUGGGUGCAGAGGAGGAUUGUGGGAAGGACGGGGAGCUGCAGGAGGCGAUGGACAGACAGAGUAAGGAGCUCCUGCACCUGAAGGAGCGUGUGGCGUCUCUCUGCAGCCACGUCGCUGAGCUGGAGGAGGAUCUGGACACGGCCCGCAAAGACCUCAUCAGGUCCGAGGACAUCAACAGCCGCCUGCAGAGAGACUUACGAGAGUCUCUGGCUCAGAAGGAAGACAUGGAGGAGAGGAUCACCACGCUGGAGAAGCGCUACCUAGCGGCUCAGAGAGAAGCCACGUCUGUCCACGACCUCAACGACAAACUGGAGAACGAGAUCGCCAACAAGGACUCGCUGGUCUGCCAGAUGGAGGACAAGGGCAGGCAGCUGCAGGAGCGUCUGGAGCUGGCAGAGCAGAAGCUGCAGCAGACCAUGCGUAAGGCCGAGACGCUGCCGGAGGUGGAGGCAGAGCUGGCGCAGAGAGUCGUGGCCCUCACUAAGGCGGAGGAGCGUCACGGGAACGUGGAGGAGCGUCUCAGACAGAUGGAGGCUCAGCUGGAGGAGAAGAACCAGGAGCUGCUCAGGGCACGUCAGCGAGAGAAGAUGAACGAAGAGCACAACAAACGUCUGUCGGAGACGGUGGACAAACUGCUGUCUGAAUCCAAUGAGAGGCUGCAGCUGCACCUGAAGGAGCGCAUGUCUGCGCUGGAGGACAAGAACGCUCUGAUCCGGGAUCUGGAGCACACCAAGAAGCUGAUAGAAGAGGCUCAUCAUGAGAAGGAGCAGCUGCUCAUCCAGAUCGAGAGCAUGAGGGCCGAACACGAGCGCGGCCGCAGCAGGAGCAACUCUCUGCUGCAUCAUGGGCGCUCUCACGCGAGCGGCACGCCGGACUUCAGGUACCCGGUGUCGGUGUCGUCAGCGAUGGACAGUCACUGCAGCGGCGCGCUGGUGCUCAGACGACCGCAGAAGGGCCGUGUGUCUGCGCUGGGAGACGAGCCCUUAAAGGUGCAGACGCUGGACGAGCAGGAGUGGGACCGGCUGCAGCAGGCUAAUGUUCUGGCUAGCGUGGCUCACGCGUUUGAGAGCGACAUGGACGUGUCAGACGUGGAGGACGACAGAGAGACGGUCUUGAGCUCCAUGGAACUCCUGUCUCCUGCUGGACAGGCAGACGCUCAGACGCUCGCUCUGAUGCUGCAGGAGCAGCUGGAUGCCAUCAACAACGAGAUACGGAUGAUCCAGGAGGAGAAGGAGUGCACCGCGCUGAGAGCCGAGGAGAUCGAGAGCCGCGUGGGCAGCGGAGAUGAUCUGGGCAGCCGCUUCCGCUCCAUGACAUCCCUCCAGCCCUCCUUCCACAGCUCCUCUCCGCCUGGAUCCGGUCACUCCACGCCCCGCCGGCCCUCACACAGCCCCAGCAGAGAGCUGGACCGCAUGGGGGUCAUGACCCUGGUAUCGCCCACAACUGACCGAAUGAUCUGUCUCUGUGUGUGUGUGUGUGUCUCUGUCUGUGUGUGUGUGUGUGUGUCCAGCGCCGGGCUGCAGGACGGAGCGGGCAGUAAUCCCAGCAGCAGCAACAGCAGUCAGGACUCACUCAAUAAAGGAGCCAAGAAGAAGAGCAUCAAGUCCUCCAUCGGCCGACUGUUCGCAAAGAAAGAAAAGGCUCGACCCAGUCCGCUGGGGAAAGAGUCUCCUGGGCCAGCGCUGGCAGGUUCGCCUGAUGGAGGAGGUGCACAGGACGCCAUGACGCUCGGGAAGAUGGGCGGCCCUGCAGAGAAGAACCGAAAGCUGCAGAAGAAACAUGAGUUGCUGGAGGAAGCCUGUCGGCAGGGUCUGCCCUUCGCUCAUUGGGACGGUCCCACGGUGGUGGUGUGGCUUGAGCUGUGGGUCGGGAUGCCUGCGUGGUAUGUAGCGGCCUGCCGUGCUAAUGUGAAGAGCGGAGCCAUCAUGUCUGCUCUGUCUGACACCGAGAUCCAGCGCGAGAUCGGCAUCAGCAACCCUCUUCACCGCCUCAAACUACGCCUCGCCAUUCAGGAGAUCAUGUCUCUCACCAGCCCGUCAGCGCCACCUACCUCCAGAACGACUCUGGCGUAUGGUGACAUGAACCACGAGUGGAUCGGUAACGACUGGCUGCCGAGCCUCGGUCUGCCUCAGUACCGCAGCUACUUCAUGGAGUCGCUGGUGGACGCUCGUAUGCUGGAUCAUCUGACCAAAAAAGACCUGCGCAGUCAGCUCAAAAUGGUGGACAGCUUCCACAGGAACAGUUUUCAGUGUGGCGUGAUGUGUUUGAGACGACUGAACUACGACAGGAAAGAGCUGGAGCGGAGGCGUGACGAGUCCCAGGUGGAGGUCAAAGAUGUGCUGGUGUGGACGAACGAGCGCGUGCUCAGCUGGGUCCAGGCCAUCGGGCUGAAGGAGUAUGCUGGGAAUCUUCUGGAGAGCGGCGUUCACGGAUCGCUCCUCGCUUUAGACGAGUCCUUCGACCACAACGCCUUGGCGCUGCUGCUGCAGAUCCCUACACAGUGCACUCAGUCGAGGGCGGUACUGGAGCACGAGUACAGCCGUCUGUUAGCCGCAGGAACGGAGAGGAGACUAGAGGAGGAUGAUGACAAGAACUUCCGCCGCGCGCCAUCCUGGAGGAAGAAGUUCCGGCCCAAAGACGUGCGCGGAAUGAGUGUGAGCUCCGCCGACACACUGCCUGCUAGCUUCAGAGUUAGCGCUGGAGACGCGUCCUCCGCCGCCCUGCUGACCAAGAAAUCACAGCUGGAUGGAGGUGUGAGUGUUCAGCGUCUGGAUUCAGCUGCUGUCAGAACCUACUCCUGCUGAUCGUCUCAGGUGCAGCAGAAGCAGACGAGGCCCGUCAGGCUGGGGUUUCGGAGGAUGAGGAUCGGUUUGGUUUCUGUCGCGGACCCGUGAUCCGUCAGAGCUCUGUCAGCGUCUGCCAGCAGAAACGUUAGAUUUGACGCCUCUAUUCAUGUAAACCGAGGGUCGUUCACUAAUUUAGCAGUCUCGUAUCGACUUUUGCUUGAUUUUAUUUGGUCACCUUUUAAUUCUGGCGUCCUAAUCCAGUUCAACUCUUUUAGCUGUAAUUUAUGUAUCACAAGUCCAAAGUUUGUACAUUUCCAUCUGUAGACGUAAUCUAACUUUUAUCAUUCUCUGUGAGUAUUUUUAUCCGCUACUUAUUCCUUUUGUUUAAUUCAUCUGGCUAAAAGUACUUUGUGUGAUUUAUCUUAACUUUGCUCUUCUCUUAAUUGAUUUUCCUCUGUUGAUUGUGAGAAAGUGGCCCGAAUCAAUGGCGUUGCGUGAAUAUCUGGGUUGGUACGUGUUUUAUAUCCUCUGAUACCAAAUCAAACCCUUUGGAUAAGCCAUAAUUUGUAAUAAUUAUGAGGGCUAUUUUUAAUACAUCUUUCUACAGAUGUGAUCAUGAUGCAAGGUUUUUCUAGCAUCUGUUUCUGAAAGUCGCUGUUUAUCCAUUCCCUGUGCUGCGUUAGAGGUGUGUGUGUGUGUGUGUGUGUGUGUGUGUGUGUGUGUGUCUGAGUGUCUGACAAUGAGUGAG